AUGGAUUAUUUGGUGCUCGCUUGUCACGCAAACGAGUUUCCCCUCGAAGACGAUGUAGCUGACAACUUUACCGCCGGGCUUGUCGUCGACUGGAGGAUUGACGAGGACGAACUGCGCAGUGCGGUAGAGCAGAACAAGCUUAAGGAGAUGCUGACAUUUCGAUGCUCCCAAACCCAGGCCCCUUGCAUGCUCAGAGACGUGCAGUGGCUCUCGAGCGCGGAGGGAUUUGGCACCAGCGCCAAAGGACCUGGACUUGCCGUUAUCUUCGAGGCGGCUCAGAGGGAGCUGUUAAGUCCUGACGAACAAAGGGUGCCGAUUGUCGACCUUCAGCCUCCGGAAAAGCGGCAGGCGCUUGUAUUCUACCUCCAGAUCCGCAAUGGAUUCAUGCCCAAUGCGGAUGAGGACAACUGGAUCUCGUUGGGUUUUUGUACAGCUGCGGACCCCGAAUCAGAACAGCGCCUCGCUUCCGCAUAUGGUUCGCUUGUGGAGCGAUGUUCGUUUGAGGAGUUCUGA